GCGGGGAUUGUUUUCAAAACUAGAAGCAGGGAGAUACCAAUGAAAAUGGCGGCUGUGGGGUCCGCCAAAUCCGACAGCGGAGCAGGACAGAGAGGGAAAAACAGGCCUGGCGCUGUCUUGCCUCGGAUUCUCUCACCUACACGGGCACUAACGCUGGAAGAGGCCAGGUGUCCGGUUUGUUCAGAAAUUUUAUUAGAGCCUGUAACUAUGCCAUGUAGGCACUCUGUGUGUUUGCAUUGUUUUAAGCGGACGGUAGAGUUGAGCAGUUUGUGCUGUCCCCUCUGCCGGCUGCGGGUGUCCAGCUGGGCCCGUAAACAGUCCCGGGAGAAAAGCCUGGUAAACACUGAACUAUGGGAGAUGGUUCGUCAGAGUUAUCCAGAGAGAUGCAAGCGGAGAAUGGAGCAGAGAGAUGGUGAAGCUAUCGGAGAAGAAAUUUUCCGAUCACCUGCUCAUAUUUUUAAACCUGGAGAGAUGAGACAGGACUAUGAAAAUCAAAAACUGAAGGGCACAGUGAAUGAGGAGAAGGAGGAGAAAAAGAGGAAAGUGACUCACCAUAGAAAAGAGGAAUGUGGACCUUUGAAGCACUUUCAAGAUCCUUUCUGUGGAGUGCUGUCCGACUCCGAGAACGAAGAGCCAAUUGGGAAGAGGACCAGACACGUAUCCGCAUUUGUCCGGAAAACAAGAUGCUCUCCAGCGUUCACUAAAGGGUGUCUUCAGAACAACGUAGUGCAAAGGAGCAGAAGCUGCACUGAUUCUGAUGAAGGGUGCGGAAAAGUCAGGGGUCACUCCUACCUAGCAACCCCUGAAAAGGCCAACAUCACUCAUAGUUACAAUGCAGGAAUCCUCUUGUCGUCGGAGAAUAGCCGAUCCCUCUCGGCGCCCAUCUUUGCCCCUGACAAGAGGCAUCACUGGCGGACGAUUCUGGCCUCCUCCACCCCCUUCAUCGUUCCCCACGCUAAGUCCGAGAGGUCCAUCAGCCCGGAGAGUAACGACAGCAUCUCCGAGGAGCUCAAUCACUUCAAGCCCAUCGUCUGCUCCCCCUGCACUCCGCCCAAGAGGCUUCCAGACGGACGCCUGGUGGAACCCACCAUCGUCAAGUCCACCCCCAGGAACCUGACGAGAAGCCUGCAGAAAUGCACCAGCUACGAGGCCAGUCCCACCAUCCUCCAGAAGUGGAAGCAGAUCGAGGUGGACAGGCAGAGCAUCAAGGUGACGUCCAAAGGGACCAUCACCAGUCCGAUGGUAGAGGACCUGACCCUCAAAGAGAGUCCCGUUGAAGAGAGAAUGAGCCAAACCUGUAGCUGUACCUCAGAAGAGCAGAGAACGCAAGAGCGGCAGUGCAAUUGCGGCGCGAAGACGGACGUCUCCGCGACGCAAGGGGGGAAACACGCGGCGCACGACAAGCAACGGCUGAUCCCGGAUCAGCCCGGCAAGGAGGGAGGCCUUUCGAGUGCACAAUCACUAAGCACGCCUGUCGCUUCUGAAACACUAACUAAUGCGCGUACUCCCGUGCCCGAGUCAGUCGGUGGCUCGGAAACACGUAACGAACCUACGGACGUUAAUCAAGAGCAGAAAUCACACUUGUGUGAAAAGAAUGCUGGAACUAGUGAUUGUACUCUAAGUACAAUAGAUCCACAGGACCAGAAUAAGAGUGAUUCCACUGCUAGGAAGUAUGAUGAGAACAGACCUACCUCAAGAAGGGGCAAGAAGAAGUGCCAAAAGACCAAACACUUGGAAGAAGCCGGACCGAUAAAACGGUCCAGGACAGAGGAACAGGGAAGCUGCUCCGCCAGCUCUGCGGAGAGCGACUUUCAUGCACAGCGGACACAUCAGGAGAGGGAGGACAGAGAACUAGCCCUCAGACUGCAAAGACAAUUUGACCGAGAAUGUCGGAAAGUGGACAGGCAGAAGGCAAGUCCCGACAGGUACCCGUUGAGAUCUUGGACGUCCACGGAGGGAAGGACGAGAAACAAUCCACGCAGAUCCAGACGCCUCUCUAAAAAGAAAGAGCACCUUAACUACAGCCGUUAAAGGGCCUGGCACUCUUUGCUGUGUCGCUAAAUCACCUACAUAAUCCAUCUUUUUUUUUUUUUCUUUUUUUUCCGGUUGCCACUUUAAAUUCUCUUUUUGUUUCUUAUCGAUGCAACACAAAGUUAAGAAAUCAUGCCUUGAGUCUGUGAAUA